GAUCAGAUAGCAAGUUUGAUCAACCUUCACUGAAAUACAAGGGGUUACCAAGUUUGUUAGGUGUUCCUUGAUUGGUUUAUAUGUGUCUAGUCCCGCCCUCCGGUUUGGAAUGUGAAAUGUGAUUGGUUGUUGAGGAGAGGGGGAUUUGACAGCCGGCAGUUUUGGAAACAGAGAGAGACGCGCUGCGGUCUGGAAUGAUUGAGAAACAUACACGGAGAGUAAAAAUACACGACAUUGUAAAGUAGAUCGCGUGUGAAUAACACAGUUCUAAUUACUUUGAGUUUGUUUUGUGUUUGAUUUGAGUUCGCUGUGUGUUUUUAUCAGAUAAGUUACCAGUGUCAGAUAUUAGUCAGUUCAGAGCAAGUAGGCAUUUUUUAAAUGCCUAUAGCGUUAACUGACAGUACCGCGGAUUUAAACAUAAAUCCGAGGAGAGACAGUUAAACGGAAAAUCAGGAGAGAAAAGAAAAGACUGCCAACUUAGGAUCGGACGGUGCAGAAAGAGUCUUGGAGGAGCAGAUUUGGUGGUUUCUCUGACUAUGGGGGAGUUGCAUUUUGUCAGCUGAAAGUUAAAAGUGAAAGCAAGGAUUUAAUAGAGACCUGCUGCAGGAGUUCCGCCGAUCGAUUGCUGAUUGUUAGAUCGCUGUCCACGAGAGUUGUCAUCUGGAGUGUUGUCAUCUUGACUGCUGUCAUCUGGAUCGCUGUCAUCUGGAUCUGAGCUGCAUCCUACAAUCAAAAGCUGUGUUCUCUUGACGGAGAUUGUAAUACAGACCUGCUGCUCCCUGUUUACCGAGACAAUCAUCAUUAUCAAUGAGGACAUUAAGAAUGGCUGUGUUCAAGCAACAAAAACUGGAGGAUUUCUAUGAUAUUGGUGAAGUCCUUGGAAGUGGUCAGUUUGCAAUUGUGAAACGCUGCAAGGAGAAGAGUACUGGUAUGGAGUAUGCUGCAAAGUUGAUUAAAAAGCGACAGCAUCAGGCAAGCCGGAGAGGCAUUCAACGAGAGGAGAUCGAGAGGGAAGUGAACAUCCUCCAAGAGCUCCAGCACCCCAAUAUCAUUGCAAUGCAUGAUAUUUAUGAGAACCCCACUGAUGUGAUGCUUGUCCUGGAGCUUGUUUCAGGAGGUGAGCUUUUUGACUUCUUGGCUCAGAAAGAGUCACUUUGUGAAGAGGAAGCCACUGAAUUCAUCAAACAGAUUCUCAAUGGAGUUCAGUAUCUGCACUUCAAGAAAAUAGCACAUUUUGACCUGAAGCCUGAGAAUAUCAUGCUGUUGGAUCACAAUGUCCAACUGCCACGGAUCAAGCUUAUUGAUUUCGGUUUGGCACAUAGGAUCAAAGACGGUGUGGAAUUCAAAAACAUUUUUGGGACUCCCGAAUUUGUUGCUCCAGAGAUAGUGAACUACGAGCCACUGGGAUUAGAAGCAGACAUGUGGAGCAUUGGAGUCAUCACAUACAUCCUAUUGAGUGGAGCAUCACCGUUCCUGGGUGACUCCAAGCAGGACACUCUAGCAAACAUCUCAGCAGUGAAUUUUGAAUUUGAUGAAGAUUUUUUUGGCAGCACAAGUGAACUGGCCAAAAGCUUCAUCAGGCAACUGCUUGUGAAAGAUACAAGAAAGAGGCUUAAAAUACAAGAUGCACUCAACCACCCCUGGAUUAAGCCCAUAAACCCCAGACAAGCCCUUGUGAAACGACAAUCUGUAGUGAAUAUUGAGAACUUCAAGAGACAGUAUGCCCGAAGGAGGUGGCAGUUUUCUUUUAGAAUUGUGACCCUCUGCAACCACUUGACACGGAUGAUGAAAAAAGGUCACCCUAACCAACAGGACAAAUCCAAGAUGGGCUGUGUAGGGCGCACUGUGGCCAAAUUUGAAAGAGAGUGCGAGAGUGAUCAAGAGGAGGAGGUGAUGCUAAGGAGACCCCAAACCAGAAGGAGAAGUAGCACGUCUUGAAACUCCUUGGUGCUCCAUUGACUAACCACAAACUGUUGCACAAGGCUGAUAUUGAAAACUUUUUCUGUAUGAUAAUACAGUAUGUGUGUAUGUUUGAUGUUUGUGCAACGUCUUUUAUACAGUAUUGUUUAGUUGUGAAGAUGGUUAUUUUAAGAUGCAAUCACAUAGAACAAUAUUUUUGUGAGGUGAAAUUCAUUCAUUGUAAAAGGUGAGAUCAGUUCAUAUGGGGUCAAAUAAUUUUCCUAUUCAGAUGAAAAAACUUUCAAAAACAUUGCUAAAUUUACCACAACUUCACACAUCAUUUUCAUUUAACAAAAUAAGUUUGUAUAAAAGGAACUGUUUGAAAUCCAGUGUUAAGCAAAGUACUACUCACAAGUCUCUUAUUUUCUAACAUGGGUUCAUAAAGCUCUUAAGAGAACAAUACAUCAGAUUGAAUUUAUUUUGAUUUCAUAACUUAUUAAAAUUAAGGUACACUGUAAAAAAAAUUCUGUAAAAUUUACGGAAAAAUACUGGCAGCUAUGGUUGCCAGAACUUUUUUGUAAAAAAAUACAUAAUUUUUCUGUAAAAUUGUUUUUACAGAAAAAUGUUGUAUUUUUAACAUGAGAAAAUUUUAUUCAUUAACUCAUGCAAUGACCAUUUACAAGCCUUUGAGUUAAUUAUUUAUAUUUGCAUUUACUGGCAUUAAAAUCAAUAUUUUAAAUGUCUAAGUAAUAUAUCUGAGCAUAUUGAUAUUG